GGUAUAAAUGAACUCCCUGCGUGAUACAGAGUCUCUUUUCUCCUUUUAUCGAAGUGACACUGCUGUUCUGGGAGUCCGAGCUACAAAGUAGCUUUGACAAAUAACGAGCAUGGCAGCAGAACAGGCAUUUGUCAGUUUGGCCACAAACGAUAGCUAUGCAAGGGGAGCUAUGGUGCUUGGAAAAUCGCUUAGGAACCACAAGACUUCAAAAAAGCUGGUGGUGCUCAUUGGGCCACAUGUGUCCGAUCAGGCAAGGGCAGUGCUUCAUAAGAUCUUCGAUGAAGUCAGGCUAGUGGAUGUGCUGGACAGUGGGGACAUGGCACACUUGGCCAUGAUGAAGAGACCUGAUCUGGGUGUCACUUUCACCAAGCUGCACUGCUGGACUCUCACGCACUACUCCAAGUGUGUGUUUAUGGACGCAGACACACUGGUGGUAUCAAACAUAGAUGAGCUGUUUGACAGAGAGGAGCUGUCUGCGGCUCCAGACCCCGGCUGGCCUGAUUGUUUUAACUCUGGUGUGUUCGUGUUUCGCCCGUCCAACGAAACCUAUGGCAAACUUCUGCAGUAUUGCACAGAGCACGGCAGCUUUGACGGUCUAUAUGGUGCAAAUGCGAAGGUUGUGCACUUCCUGGGCCAGAUGAAGCCGUGGAGCUACACGUAUAACCCCACGCAGAGGAGAGUGAGAGGAUCGUCUCAGCCCGUUCUCCUGCAGCAGUGGUGGGCUCUGUACAGCGCCGAGGUGCUGCCCAUGCUGAUCCGAGAGUAUGGAGACCAGCCCUUCAACUCCGGCUGUGAGAGCGAGGAGCGUGUUCAGCCGCUCGUGUCCUCAGCGGAGCGCAAGCAGAGGUGGGAGCAGGGCCAGGCCGACUACAUGGGAAUAGACUCUUUCGACAACAUUCAGAAAAAGCUUGACGUUUUCCUGAAAUAA